AUGUGUAUAGCUUUGUUUCUUUGGCAAUGUCACCCACUGUACCCUUUUCUUCUUUUGAACAACAGAGAUGAAUAUCACAAUAGGCCUACGAAGCCGGUGUGUUGGUGGGAAGAUUGUGAUAUUCUGGGAGGAAGGGACGAAAUAGCAAUGGGAACAUGGUUGGCUUGUUCUACACAAGGAAGGGUGGCUUUUCUCACCAAUGUUUUGGAGCUUCAUACCCUCCCUGAGGCCAAAAGUCGUGGAGACCUACCCGUCCUAUUUCUCAAGAGCAGCAAUCAACCGAAAGAAUUUGCAGAAGGCCUAAAAUCAGAGGCUCAUUAUUACAACGGAUUCAACUUAAUCGUGGCAGAUAUUGCGUCCAAAUCAAUGGUGUACAUCUCCAACAGGCCCAAGGGACAGCCUAUUAUCAUUGAAGAGGUUGCACCAGGGCUGCAUGUACUUUCAAAUGAUAAGCUAGAUUCGCCAUGGCAUAAGUCACUGCGCCUUGAAUUAAGCUUCAAAGAACACCUAGCCAAAUAUGGGGAAGGUGAGAUUGGUGUGAAGGAGGUAAUUGAAAAGCUAAUGAAGGACAGAGUUAAAGCUGACAAAAGCGUACUACCUCGUAUAUGCUCACUCGAUUGGGAACUCAAUCUCAGCUCCAUUUUUGUUGAAGUAGAAACACCACUGGGUGUAUAUGGCACUAGGAGUAGUGCUGCACUGACCGUAAGAUCAAGUGGGGAAGCAAGCUUUUACGAGGUUUAUCUAGAUGGUAAGAAGUGGAAGGAACACGUUAUCGAUUUCCAUAUUGGGAAGUUGAAGUAG